AUUGCCAAGCAGUCAAGAUGUCGAGUUCGAGAGUUGCCCUCGUUAUUCUGGUCAUUGCCUGUUUGAUUCUCAUUGCUUUGGCACGACCUAGGUCGAGGUCUUCCAAGUACAACGAGGUCACAUACUUGCCAGCGGAGAGGAGGAUGAGCAACGAAAUUAUGGACCAGAUAUCACCCAUCAGGAGGCCACACAAGAGGGAGUUCAACGGGAGGCGGAGUCCAAGUCCCUUCAACGAUUAUUUCCACAAAAUGUCAAUGCCAGGGAUGACUUUUGGUGGGGCAAACUACUUUGGAAAUGAUGUCCAGCCGCUGUCCAAAUACGAUGUCCUGGAAUCAGCAUCCUUAUUUUAGAUUUCUCUCUGAAAUCUGCUUAACUUAGACCUGCCUAUGUGAAGGAAUUAAAUUAAAUUUAAUUU